UCCUGAGUACUUCUCUGUUUAUUGAAUACAGGGGAGUGUUAUCAGCACAUGGUUUCCUGACUGCUCCUGUCUCCACUAGAGACACAACUAAGGUGCUGGAGCAGGAGAUACCCGCCUCGAUGGAGGAGAGAGGGAUGGAGGAAGUCAAACCGGCAGCAGUAGAAGACAAAGCAGCAGCAGAGAAAGCUGUGGAGGAGAGAGUAGCGCAGGAGAAGACAGAGGACAGCACAGCGCAGAAUAAAGGGACGGAGGAGAGAGAGAUGGAGGGAGAAGUCAACGUAGAGAGAGAGAUGGUGGGAGAGGUAGAGGUCGUGACCCCUUGUCCUACAGAGAGCCAUGGUCUCCAGGGAACCAUUAAAGGUCAUGACCUCUUCGGCUAUGUGGGCAUCGAGGCUGUUCUGGACCAGAUGAGACGCAAGACCAUGAAGGCUGGCUUCGAGUUCAACAUCAUGGUAGUGGGUCAGAGUGGACUAGGGAAGUCUACCCUGGUCAACACUCUGUUCAAGUCUAAAGUCAGCCGCAAGUCCUGCAGCCCGAACUACGAAGAGAAGAUCUCCAAGACUGUCAAACUGCAGUCCGUUAGCCAUGGGGCGGGUCACUGA